AUUGGCAAUCUGUGGAUGGACCAAUGGGACACCCGUGUGUACUCGCUGUUUUGCCUGUGUAGCCAAUCAGAGGCCGUGUUCGGGUUUGUUGUUGGUGAUGAUGACAUGAAAAUAUUUGUUGUUACUGGAAGGAGAGCGAGGAGAGAGUGUGAAGGAAGGGCCUGGCAGGGACGCUCGCUUUCAACGAACAUACAAACAUCGCACGGUGUUUUCCGUUCACGGGAGGAGCGAACAGCGGCGAUGUCGGUGAAUAUGGACGAGCUGAGGCAUCAAGUGAUGAUUAACCAGUUUGUUUUGACCGCGGGCUGCGCGGCGGACCAGGCGAAGCAGCUUCUGCAGGCGGCGCACUGGCAGUUCGAGACGGCUCUGAGCUCGUUUUUCCAGGAGUCUAACAUCCCCAGUCAUCACCAGAUGAUGUGCACUCCACGCAACACUCCAGCCACGCCACCCAACUUCCCCGAUGCCAUCACCAUGUUCUCCAAGCUGCGGACGUCCGAAUGCGGCAGUGGCAGCAGCGGAGCCGGCGCUUCUGGCCAGGCGUCUAUGGCGUGCUCUCCUCCUCCCCACUCUUCCGCACAGGGCUUCGGCUCUUUCUGGGCAUCCUCGCCCCCCAACCACCAGCCCGCCUGGCUGCCCCCGUCCUCUCCCACCGGCCACCACGCGCUCCAUCACCACCACCAUCACAUGCACCAGCCGCUUACGUGGCCGCCCGUCUCCCAGCCCGCCAACGGCCAGCAGACGCCUGUUAUUUCAGCCCUGCACGGCCAGAGAUGAGGGGGGGGGGGGGGGUUUAACGGGGUUCAACGGGGUGGGAAUACUCACUGAGACUUUGAAUGGCCAAGGGGGGAAAGACAUGGUACUCUUUCUUUCUGUUUUCUAAAGAUGAACAGUCUUCUUUUGGAGAUCUCGUUUUGUUCUUUUAUCUAUUGUCGAUUUAAUUUCUGUCCAAACCCGGGGAAGAACCACUAUGGAGUAAAAAAAAAAAAAUUAUGGAAGUUAUAAAAGAGGUGGCGGAGUCCCAAAGAAGUUCAGCGGAAGGAAGCCACGGAGUCAGACCGGACGAAUGUGUGCGUGUGAAUCUUCGGUCGUCGCUCUUUUUCCCGCUGUUCUCGGACUCUCUCCUCCUCCGUAGCGCCGUGUCGGCAACACGCACUCGCAAUAAAAUGGCCGACGAACAAUAAUGGCACAUCAUGGUGGUGGUGCUGUUCUGCAUCCCGGGAAGCAUCAGGAGGACAUUUCUGUAGAGAUAGUUAUCUGCUGUUAAAUGACUAUCGUGUAUUUGUUCAAAAUGCACAUUUUCAAGUGCGUACAGCUUCAGACGUAACGGAGAUGCUGAGUUGCAUUUAUUAUUGUGGUUCAUACAAAACAAACAACCUUUGUUUCAGAUAUAAAUGGAAAAACCAGGAAAUGACCAGGAACAGUUUGCAAUAAUCCUGGUCAGAAUUGUUUGAGAUGAUGCCCUGAUUCAUUCGUUUUAUUUUUCAGUAAUGAUGACUUUAAAUGCAAAGUUUAUUUUUGUUUCCCAACUUUUAUCAUGUACACAGUUAAAUCAGGAAAGCUUCUUGUGUUUAAACUAAAACUGUGGUGGAGAAUUACAGACUCAAGCUUUAAAAAAAAAAAAAGUGUUUUGUUUGGGGUUUGUUUACCUGCAGAAAACUAAAAAUACUAGCGUGCUCCUAUUUGAUUUGUAAAGCUCGUUGGAUCCACACAGCCGGCGGAGUGAAGCUCAGCUCCUGCUACCUCCUGAUCAUGUCUCUGGAUGGCUGAAUGGCCUCUCUGUGUGAUGACGGAGGCCUCAAAUACCUCACGCUCUUUGCUGAACGCGCUGUGUGAAACCAAUCGGGCUCGGCUCAGACCCCUCAGCGGACGAGGACUGGUCUGGUAUCACUUAUUGGCAUUUGUGUCGUACUGGUUGUGAUGCUAUAGAGCGGGAAGGCUGACCCUAGUUCAGAACGUUGAUUGGCUGUGAUAUUCUGAGAUGACACGGUUCUUUAGUUUUUAUUAGCAUGAUGUCAGCUUCCCUUCAUUCGUUCAUCUUAGACAAUCACUUUUGCCGUUUGAGUUUGUGGUUUAGUUCGACCUCAGUCAGGCUAUAGAUGCCGUAUUUCUUUUAAAGCGAUUGAAAACAAGGCUGUGAGGCAAUACAUGUACGCUUUGUUCAGUGUCUGUCGUUUAGAUGAGAAAA